UAACGUUUGAAGGCAGGGGAGUUGAUACCACUACUAAAUGAUCUAAAUGCAGUGCUGUUUCUUCUUAGCCUACUGAUCUAAAGUGUUUUAAGUAAAAAACUCUUUACAGCUUAAAGCAGGGGUUUUCAAACUAUUCUUUGUCUACAACUCUGCAUAGCCUCAUGGAACGCGCUGAUGAUGUGUGAUGUCUGCACGAGCAGGGUGCGUGGAGGUCUACUGGACAUUUUAUUAUGAAGCCACUGUGUACUGUGAACUUUACAUGCGUCACACCUGGCAGACCUGUUUUUGUGCAAACCAAACAUUCCAAACACGGAACCAGGAAACUACUUAUUCUCUCAUGUUCUGGAAAAUGAAACUUACUCGUCAUUCCGCAGUUGCAUGCUUGUGUCUGUCUGUGAGCGCAUGCAGUAAAAUGGCAGAAUCCAGUAUUUCAGUGGCUCAAGGCCAGUUCAACUGUUCAGUCUGUCUAGAUCUACUGAAGGAUCCAGUGACCAUUCCCUGUGGACACAGUUACUGUAUGAACUGUAUUACAGACUGCUGGGAUCAGGAUGAUCAGAAGGGAGUCUACAGCUGUCCUCAGUGCAGACAGACCUUCACUCCAAGACCUGUUUUAGGUAAAAACACCAUGCUGGCUGAAGUGGUGGAAAAUCUAAGGAAGAGAAAACUCCAAACCUCUCAACUUGAUCACUGUUAUGGUGAACCUGGAGAUGUGGAGUGUGACAUCUGUACUGGGGACAAAAACAAAGCCAUCAAGUCCUGUCUGGUGUGUCUGGAAUCUUACUGUCAGACUCAUUUUGAACGUCAUGAAGAAUUUCACUCAAGAAAGCGACACAAAGUGACUGAUGCCAUUGGGCAACUGCAGGAGAUGAUCUGCCCUCUACAUGACAGAUUGCUGGAAAUGUACUGUCGUACUGACCAGAUCUGCGUAUGCAUGCUGUGUAUGGUGGAUGAACACAAAACCCAUGACACCGUAACUCCUGUUGAAGAGAGGACUAAGAAACAGAAAUGCUUGGAAGAGACCCAAAGUAAAUUCCAGCAGAUAAUCGAGGAGAAACAGAAGGAGCUUGAGGAUCUGAGAGUGGCUGUGGAGUCUCACAAGCGCUCUGCACAGGCAGCAGUGGAGGACAGUGAGAGGAUCUUUACUGAGCUGAUCCGCUCCAUUGAGAGAAGCCGCUCUGAGGUGACACAGCUGAUCAGGGAUCAGGAAAAGGAUGCAGUGAGUCAAGCUGAAAGACGGGUGGAGCAACUGGAGCAGGAGAUUGAUGAUCUGAAGAGGAGAGAUGCUGAGCUAGAGAAGUUUUUACACAAAAGUCACAUCCAUUUCCUCCAGAGUUUCCAGUCUCUUUCUGUCCCUCUUGGAUCUACAGACUCACCCAGCAUCAGUUCUUGUCUCUCUUUUGAUGAUUUAAGAACUUUUGUCUCUCAAUUCAAAGAGAAACUGCAGCAUGUUUUUAAAGAAGAGGAAGAAAAAUUAUUUAAAAGAGUGAGACACAUUGAGAUGAUUCCCACCCCUGAAUAUGAGAGCAGGGAUAAGUUUCUACAACAUUACCAGUGGUUCAAUCUGGAUUCAGACACAGCACAUCAAUACCUCAGGCUAAGGUGGAAUAGAAUAGUUACUAACAUGAAUGAAGUCCAGUUUGAUCGUAGUAAUCCAGAAAGAUUUGAACAUUGGUAUCAGGUGUUGUGUAGAGAGAGUGCGUGUGGACGCUGUUACUGGGAGGUUGAGUGGAGUGGUUUUGUGGGUAUAUCAGUGUCAUAUAAGACCAUCAGAAGGAUGGGACGGAAUCCUAGGGGUGAAUUUGGAUUUGGUAAUCAGUCUUGGCGGUUGUCCUGCUCUGACUCCAGUUGUUCAUUCUGGCACAAUAGCCAAUGCACUUCACUCCCUGUAGUCUCCAGCUCCUGUAGAAUAGGAGUGUAUGUGGAUCACAGUGCAGGAACUCUGUCCUUCUACAGCGUCUCUGACACAAUGACCCUCAUUCACAGAGUCCACACCACAUUCACUCAACCUCUCUAUCCUGGGUUUUGGGUUCACUAUGAUUCAAAAGUACAAUUGUGUAGUCCAGCAACGCAAUAGAUUACAGACCUUCUACACAUUAUCUUUUCCACUAUCAGGUUGAAUGGAUCUGAAUAUGGUGACAAACAAUCCCUAUUGCAUUUCCACUUAAGCACAGUUCAGCACAGUAUGAUUACAAACCGGUCUGGAUUUCUGGGCACAGUGAGGUAAUUGUGCUCCACUGUGUUGUUGGAACGGCUGUUGUGAUGUGAUGGUGGUUGUCUAGUAACCUACAUUGUUUUUCUUCUUCUUCUUCUUCUUUUUUUUUUUUUUUUGUCAGAGAGAUACAUUUCUUAAACUCAUUAAAACUCAUAUCCAUAUAUAAUUUGUAAAAUGUUAUGUCAGUAAAAGACAUUUGUUGCUAGUCUUGGAAUUUUUAUCUUUAUUAUCCUCCAUGCCACGCUUGCUUCAGUGUUUACCAGAGUAUCAGCUGUCGCCAACUCUUAUGAAACCAAGAUUCUGCAAGGGGUUCACAAACUUUCAAGCAGCACUGUAUAAACACCAAGUCAGUGAUAAUGCUGAUUUAACUUAUGAAUUUAAGUACUAAUCACAAUAAUCUGCUUUUAUAUGCAUUGGUUGAAAAUAAAUAAUGAAUCUUGUUUUUUCUUUCUCCUUUGUUCAUAUGCAAUGUUUCUUUUCAAUAAAAUUUUUUGAAACAGUA